GUUCCACUUCCGCACAUACGUCAUAUUUAACAUGGCCGCUUUCAUAAUAAUCUCACAUUUGACUUAUCUGUAGCUUGUUUUGUUCUUUUUGCCACAUUUCUAAAUCCGUAUUUCGCUUAAACUCACUCGGAUGAAAGCUCUACAGAAUGCCCAAAUAUUAUGAGGAUAAAGAGGAAGAUGGCCGCGCCUGCGCUGGAGUAAGAGAGGAUUUCAAAGCCUGUCUCCUUCAGCAUGACUGUGUAGUGAAGGAAGGUAAGAAGCCCAGUGAGUGUCUGAAGGAAGGACAUUGCAAAGGCUUGCAGGUGGCUUUCUUUGAGUGCAAGAGAUCCAUGCUGGACACCCGAUCUCGAUUCAGAGGCAGAAAGGGAGACUGAAUAACACCAUGUGUUUUGUAUGAAGAUGCCAAGACACAAGAAAAAGCUCUCAAACUUGUAAAUAUUCUGCUUUUUAAGCAAAUUUUUCUUGUGGUAAAUAGGCCUUAACUCAUAAUGCUUAUGAGUGCACCAAUGUCAGAAUUCAUAAAAUAAAAUGUUUCCACAAACGAGAAGAAUA